UGGCAACUCGACGAAGGGGGAGCAAAACAGUGAAGGAAAAGUUUCAGCAUUUUGACAAAUUAUUGGUUUAUUUUUCACCUCGGUGGGAUUUUCGUUACGUGUUUUCUUUAAAAAUCGAUGGGAUUAGUUUAAUAAUAUAAUUUUACCAACUAUUAAUAUUAUAAUGGAACAGUGGCCCGAACCCAGUAUGGAGAGAUUACACAUUUCGGGGCGCGACACUUUGCCGUCAUCGCAAACAAAACAGCGGCAACAACAAUUAACCCAAUUAGUGCAACAACAAACGUAUUCAUCAAUAAUGGAUUUGCCCGAUUUUGGCGAUUGUGGGGAUGACCAAAAAUAUGUAAUAUAUAAGCAUGAUGACCUUUUCGGUGAAAGUUUCCCGCUAAUGCGCGAAAUACGUCGUCAGGGCAAACUCUGUGAUGUUACUUUGAAGGUGGAAGAUCAAUCGUUUUCGGCUCAUCGCAUUGUGUUAGCUGGUACAAUACCAUAUUUCUAUGCCAUGUUUACCAACAAUAUGGCCGAGAGUCGCAUCAAAGAGAUUACAAUGAAGGAAAUCGAACCGACCGCACUUGAGAGUCUCAUCAACUAUGCAUACAGUGGCCAAGUACGCAUCGAUAAUCAAAAUGUUCAAAGUCUAAUGGUGGGUGCGUCAUUUCUGCAGCUGAUCAAAGUACGCAAUGCUUGUGCGGAUUUCUUGAUUUCACGUUUUCACCCGCAGAAUGUGUUGGGCAUACGCCAUUUUGCCGAUUCGAUGGGUUGUACACAUCUAAUUGAAGCCGCUGAUAAGUAUAUCGAUCAGAACUUUGCCAAAGUUGUGCAAUCAGAUGAAUUUUUGGGCUUAGAUUUUGACGAGCUCAUCGAUUUAAUAAGACGUGAUGAAUUAAAUGUGCCAACAGAGGAAGUGAUUUUUGAAGCUUCCAUGAAAUGGGUAAAACAUAUGGAAGAUAAGCGUUCCGCAUUGUUCCCACAAGUAUUAUCCAAGGUGCGUCUGCCACUGCUUUCACCGCAAUUUUUGGCAGAUCGUGUUGCACGCGAAGAGCUUAUACGCUCAUCGCAUCAGUGCAGAGAUUUGCUGGAUGAAGCAAAAGAUUUCCAUCUAAUGCCAGAAAGAAGAGGAUUGUUACAAAGCUUCAGAACGCGGCAACGUUGCGGAGAAUUCAUUAUGGGGCAAAUUUAUGCCGUUGGAGGAAUCGCUAGCAAUGGGGAAUCAGUAAGCACCGUUGAAAUAUACGAUCCAGUGAUUAAGAAAUGGGAAAUGGGCGAACAAAUGUCAAUGAUGCGUUCUCGCGUUGGUGUCGCAGUCAUGGAUGGCAAACUUUACGCUUUUGGCGGUUUUAAUGGUACUGAACGUCUCUCCACGGUGGAAGUAUAUGAUCCGAAAAAGAAUAAAUGGACACAAGGACGUGCAAUGUUGUGCAAGCGAAGCGCCGUUGGUGUCGCUGCUUUAGAUGAUUGCAUUUACGUAUGUGGCGGUUAUGAUGGUGUUACUUCGCUAAAUACAGUGGAAUGCUAUUGUCCGAAGACUGAUAUUUGGAAAACGGUGGCGCCUAUGAUGAAGUAUCGUUCGGCUGGUGGGGUUGCAGCUUUGGGUGGUUAUGUUUAUGCGCUUGGCGGGCAUGAUGGGCUCUCCAUUUUCGACUCGGUCGAGCGUUAUGAUCCCAUCAAAGAUGUAUGGCUUAAAAUGCAUUCAAUGCUAAAUCGUCGCUGUCGUUUGGGUGUGGCUGCGCUGAAUGGAAAGCUAUAUGCUUGUGGCGGCUAUGAUGGCACUUCAUUUUUGCGUUCUGUUGAGGUAUAUGAUCCCAUAACAGAUACUUGGAAACUCGUAACGCCAAUGAAUUGCAAGCGAAGUCGGGUUGCGUUGGCUGCAAAUAUGGGCAAAUUGUGGGCUAUUGGCGGAUACGAUGGCGAGUCAAAUCUAUCCACUGUUGAAGUUUACGAUCCCGAAACGGACGAGUGGUCUUAUGAGCCAUCAAUGUGCGCGCAUAGCGGUGGUGUAGGCGCUGGAGUAAUACGUAAACAGUAGUUAUUUGCAAAUAGUUUAAAAUAUAUACAUACAUAAUAUAAAUAUGAGAAAUCGUUAUAGUUUGAGAUUGUAGAUAAUUCGUGAUAUUUUUUCAAAAGCAUAAAUGCAUUUGCUUGCCUUUUCGAAAAUUCUCGUUAUGAUACCUUAUGUACGCAAGACGUGCUCUCUAUUUAGCAAACUAUCAUUGCUCUAACGCAAAUCAUUCCAAAUUCAGUUGAAGAAUGUUAAAAUACUAAUAUAUCUAUAAAGUAAAAAAAAAAAUUGCUUGCUUUAAGAAAGCUUCGAUUUUUGCUCACAAGCGUUAAUUAUAUCAUAUUCUUUAUAUCAUUUGUAGUAAGUUAGUUUAGAAGCCUUGUGCAGCGAUUUUUCGAAAAAAUUAAAUUUUUAAGUCAUUGUACCUCUACAUUUACAUACGUAUCUGCCUAACUGCAUAUAAUUGUAAAUUAUUUAAAUUGCGUAAACAUCAGGUCUUACGCCAAACUUUAAUAUACAUACUCAAUUAUUGUUAGAAAUUACCUGUAAUCCAUUUCUGAAAUUGUUAAUACUGACUAACGAAAUGUACUCGUUAAACAAUAUCAGUACAUAUAAAAUUUAGAACUCAAUUAAAUAAAUGUCAAUGAGAUAGUUUCAACAAAAAAUUG